AUGUCCCAUAGAAUCGACAUGACCUCACCAGACUCUCUAGCUAGGAGCUCAGACACCCGACCUGCCACUGUCUUGGUAUCUGAUACCGACGUAACGCCACGAAAUGCUUUGCUCGGCAUAAAGCAGCGAUCGCAAGUUCCAAUGCAGCAAUUUCGAUACCCUUUCCCUCGCAAUACCUAA